CGCUGGAAGAUGUCCGCCGGGGAUCGGCGCUGCGCGGCCGGCUUCGCUUUCCGCUGCUUGCCCCAGAAAGCUUUCCCCUCCCUGGAGGACAGGGACAUCGGGGAACGGCUCCUCAAAUGGUCCAUGCAAGGCAGGAUCACAGCACAAGCGUUCAGUUUUGACCAGCAGUUUAAGCCCUAUCAAAAGGAUGAAUUUGUUACGGCGUUUUUUAAUGAUCAAAAUGUGAACUCCAGUUUAAAGUUGCUCUCAGCUUCAGGACAAUGGACUACAUUGGGUUCCAAAGUGACAAAAAUCGAAGCUACACUGGUGCCCUGUACACAGAUUUCUAUGUCAUUUUUUGAUCGGCUGUACUCUGAAGGAGUUGUCAGAGAAACUGGACAUAUUGUGAAAUGUUAUGAUGACUAUUACGAUGAUAUUCUCAUCUCCGAUGAAUUAAGGAAGGUUUUGCUUCUGGAAGAUUCAGACCAUUAUGACUUAUUCAGUCAAUUGGAUCGCAAAGAAUUUCUCUUCUGUCUUUUUAAGCAUCUUUGCAUUGGAGGAACUCUUUGCCAGUUUGAAGAUGUAGUUGGCCCAUACUUAGAAACUACAAAAGCUUUAUAUAAAGACUUGGUGAGUGUUCAAAAGGAUCCUGAAACAAAAGAUAUACGUAUUAUUUCUACAGUCUUCAGAGUGUCUGCAUAUGAUGCCCAUGGCCUGUGUUACCCUUCCAGCCAAAGCCACCAGCAGACUUUUGCCUACUUGAUCGUGGAUCCCUGCAGGCGACACGUCCACGUUCUGUACCACUGUUUUGGCACAAGUGUAUCUACCAGCUCGUUAUAAACUUGGCCAUCCUCCGACUUUAUCACCGGGGCGGCCUUCUCAUGGCACCGAUUCAGACAGAAGCUGCUGAGAUUUCUUGUGAGGAAGGUGCACCUCCAUGACAGCCUCCGCAUGGCUCCACGCUCACGUACAUAUUUCUGGGUGUUUUUUUAAAAAGUUCUUCUGUAUUUAAAAGGCACGCUUCUUGAAUCUCUUAUCUUGGCAGUUUUGUCCCCCCCUUCC